CACACGAGGUCGCCAUCCACACCCAACACCAGCACGCGCCUUGCUUGCCUGACGUCACCAUCGCCAACCAGUCUCGGUGUACGUUCAAGCUGCUCGAGCUAGCUUAGCCAAGCUUAGCUUGCUAGCUAGCUAGCCGCUAACAACGACGAGCCGCCUUCGUUCGCCGACACGUCGCUCGGCAGAAAGCAAGUGUGAGUGCGAAGCGUUGUGGUCGUCGCGUGGAAAAUGUGCGCGAAGCGUGUGAAAGAAGAAGAAGACGAGGAAGAAAUUUGUGCGGCAAAAGAGGACACCGAGCGACAACUUGAAGGGAGGGACGACGCUGUUUGCGAGCAGCCUCGCGUUGUCUUACGAAAAGCAGACGUCGGCGAAGGAGACCUUCGUCCUGAGAAGCAGGCGCCAGAGUCGUCUUGUGUCAAAGAAGAAGAGCAGAAGGAUGAUAUUCGCAAGUUUCCAUUGGGUGGUGUCAGGGUGAAGAGUGAAGAAGAAGAAGAUGAUGGAAGCUCACAAUCAGACAGCCUCUUUGCUCCGCUGUCAGAUAGUGAUGACCUAACGUCACACUCUUCUGGCUACGAUGACCGCGAAGAAGAAGAAUGGUCCAAAGGUGAUUUGACGGGCCGCACUGACAACAAAUGCAUGCGGUGUUCUCAUUGUGACAAAACAUUUGACAAAAAGUCAUUGUUGAAAGCACAUACAAGAACUCAUACUGGAGGAAAACCUUUUGCCUGCUCAGUUUGUGGCAAAACAUUCAUUCAGAAGGGAGAUUUAACAAGGCACACAAGAACACACACUGGGGAAAAACCUUUUGUCUGCUCAGUUUGUGGAAAAAGAUUCACUCAGAAGGGAUAUUUAACAAUUCAUACACGAACGCACACAGAAGAAAAACCUUUUGUCUGCUCGGUUUGUGGCAAAAGCUUCACGCAGAAGGGCUAUUUAACAAUUCAUACGCGGACACACACGGAAGAAAAACCCUUUGCCUGCUCAGUUUGUGGCAAAACAUUCGCUCAGAAGACAAAUUUAAAAACUCACACAAUAACACACACUGGUGAUAAAGCAUUUGCCUGCUCGGUUUGUGGGAAAAGGUUCUCGAGAAAGACAAAUUUAACCAUGCAUACAAGAACGCACACUGGAGAUAAAACGUUUGCCUGCUCCGUUUGUGGGAAAAGAUUCACCCAGAAGGCAAAUUUAAAAACUCACACAAUUACACACACUGGUGAUAAACCAUUUGCCUGCUCGGUUUGUGGGAAAAGAUUCACUAAGAAACAAGCUUUAAUAACACACAAAAGAACACACACCGGCGAGAAACCGUUCAGUUGCAGCGUGUGUCAUCAAAAAUUCCACGUCAGGCGGGAGCUGAAGAGACACAAGUGUGCUGCUGGGAAGAGAAGCGGUCAAUGAAGCUGCGCAAUAAACCGAAGAAGCCCAUCGUUGACUCAUUCCAUAUUCCAGAAUCACUAUAUAUAUAUGUAAAAUAGCUCCAUUUUCCAUACUGCUUCUCGUCAGGCGGGGUACACCCUGAACCGGUCGCCAGCCAAUCGCAGGGCACAUAGAAGCAAUCAAGCAUUGGCACUCACGUUCACACCCACGGACAAUUUUAGAGUCGUCAAUCAACUGAGCGCGCGUGUAUCUAUCUAUCUGUCUAUCUAUCUGUCUGUCCGAUUGAAUAUAGUUUUGAAAAGGAUUUUUUAAA